ACGCUGGUCCUCUUCCACCGUCGGAUUACAGCCAAGGUAGCGUGUCAACGCUCCGCUCCCGAGCCAUAAAACGUCGAAUAAAAGCCAAAGUUCUAAACAUAGAUUCGUUUCUGAGAGCUCCUGUGUUUCUCAGUUGGGCUGUAGCUCCCCACUCACACAAGUGAGGAGAGAAGAGGCCCCUAAUUAGAAAUGGAUCAGCCUUUAACCAAUCAACAGCAUAAAGGAAGUGUGCCGGUCGGGCAGGGCAGCAUCGGUGCUCAGGAGAGAGGCAUCAUCAGCGGAGACAACGUCCAGUUUGGGCGGCUGCGGCGGCGCACGCGUUUGUCUCAGUCCGAGAGCCAGAGCUCAGGGCCCGAAGAGGAGCAGGUGAGCUCCUCCGUGGACGCGAGGCGCUCCGGACGCGCCCACAACCCUCAGCAGGAUCAGGAGCCCCCUCCGGCCCCCGCCAAGCCCUCCGCUUGCACCGGUCUCCAGAAUAAAAAGAGCCGCAAUCGCACCUCCUCUGAGACUGAGGGGGGCAAAGGUGGCAGCAGGGGGCCGAUGCAGAGGAAGAGAGGCCACUCUGAGACGGAGAACCGGCCCCGACCCGACAAACCCGACAUGAGCGGCCUCCAGUGCCUCGCCAGCGAGAAAGUCUGGUUCGACAAACACCGCUACGAUGAAGCGGAAAGGCGCUUAUACGAAGGGGCCAACGGUCCUGCCACGCAACAGCAACAGGACACAGAUGCUAAUGCCAUCCUGCAGGACAUUGCUAAGUCCAGAAAGAAUAUCCAGCAGUCCCUCAACGGAGUGAAAACGGCCCUGCAGCAGGCCAAAGGGCGCCAGCAGAAACGGCCACACAGAAACUCCUCCUCAAACGCUGGAGAUCAGGAGUUGGUUUCACGCAUGAAGAGCCUGGAACUGGAGAACCAGACUUUACACAAAGUGGUGGUGGAGAUGAAAGCUGCCCUGCAGAGGCUGGAGUCCAGAGUAGCUGUGCUGGAAAAGAGCCCUGCACCAGCAGCUGUUCAAUGUGCUAAGACCGCUCCAGUCCGACAGGUAAAGGUAGAAAAUGGUGGUGACGAGGACGACGACGAUGACAUCGACCUGUUUGGCAGCGACGACGACGAUGAGGAGGCAGAACGCCUGAAACAGGAGCGUCUGGAUGCCUAUGCAGCCAAGAAGGCCAAGAAACCCGCCCUCAUCGCCAAGUCAUCCAUCCUGUUGGAUGUCAAACCCUGGGACGAUGAGACGGACAUGGCGAAGCUGGAGGAGUGCGUGCGCUCGGUGCAGAUGGACGGGCUUCUGUGGGGAGCCUCCAAGCUGCUGCCGGUCGGCUACGGCAUCAAGAAGCUGCAGAUCAGCUGCGUUGUUGAAGACGAUAAAGUCGGCACCGACAUAUUGGAGGAGGAGAUCACCAAGUUCGAGGACUUUGUCCAGAGUGUAGACGUUGCUGCCUUCAAUAAGAUCUAAGCUCGACUAAAGCGUUGCUGCUUGUACGGUAAUAAAAAGCUAAGCUAUGAGCACAAA